AAACUUCUUCGUGCUAAAAAAUAUCACUAUUCCUCCGCCCGUCCGUCAGUCCUUGGUCCCAUCCCGUCCCCUCCAUCCACGCAACCGACCAGGUGCACUACCUCGCGCAUUGUCCUCCGCACUGACCUCUCUUGAACAAGCAAGCCUGUAUGUGUACUUGCAUUUGUCAGAAUAAUUAGUCUGCUCCACGUCGUAACACCAAACGUUCUGCUGAUUUCACUAUGGAAGCGGACCUCGUAGCAGCGAAGUUCGAAAUGGACGAGCUUUACUCCAAGAUAACGUCAUCCAUGGCUCCUUCAGGCUCGUCAAACCACGCCGCUAGCCGCGAUCCCCGCGUUCCUGAAACCGGCAAGCCCAACCUCGGCAGACGCCUAGCCGUCCGCCUCCUUGUCGGCGGCGACGUCGAAUCAAAUCCCAAGACGCUCGUCGCAGCCGCCGCCGCAAAUGCCGCCCUCAACGCCGCCGCUAAAGGCAAGGCCCUGGCUCCCGAUAUUGACAUCCCCGCUAACGUCAAGCGCGUUACUAGACCUCCCGUGGGUAGCUCCCGCCUAUCUUCCGUCACUUGCGCGGCAAAUUCCGCGCCAGCGGAUACGACAGGGGAGUCCUCCGCGGGUCCCAGCAAGCCGGCAUCCGCAGCGGAAGCUGCGCCAGCCUUGCGAAGCAGCAGGUCCGCGCAACACGCCGUUGUCGCGCGGAAGCAGCGCGCGGCCAGGCCUUCCGCCAGCAGCAUUUUCCGCGCCUCUAGCGUCGUGUGCGAGCGACAGGCGGCCAUCGCGCUAUCUCUCGAGUCCAGCAGCAGCAUCGACAGUAACAACAGCACCGCGUGCGAAAAACCGUCACAGGACGACCCGAUGGACGAAUUCUUCGCGAUAAUGGAGCAGUUCGUCGAGGAGCCGGAGGAGAUGGAGUACCUCCGCGCGUCGGAAGCGGCCAGGCGGAACCGGAAGGGCGCAAGCGGCGCAAACGGUGCUGUUGCUGUCAGCGGCCGGCAACUCGCCCACCAGAAGUCUCAAAAUAAGGAGUUCGCCCGCCAGCCGUCAUUUCAGGAAGCACCCGCGGCGGCACCGCUGUCAGCGCAAGCUCCGGUCAUGCGUCACCAUCAGCGGCAGAAAAGCUUUGCUGGUGUCUCAAGUCCCGCCGAGCGGAAUCCGAGCACCAGCGGCCCGGGUGCAAAUCCCGCCCACUCCGGCACGUUCGAGCUGAAUCCUGCUUUACAGGCGCAGCAACGCGCCGCGGCGCCGUCGCAGACUCACCACUCGCGCCGGCCGAGUCGCGUGGGAGACAUGCUGGAUUCCGCGCCCUCUCUCUCCAUGCGCGAAACUCCCGUAACGGUAACUUGCAAUGGUAACCGCAGAUCGUCGCACCCCAUGUCUCGCGAGCGGUCGCGUUCGUUCUGCGAUCGGGUUACCACAGUUGAGCCGGAGGAAGCACGGCUGGCUGCGGCGAAUACUGCCACUGCCUGCCGCCCAGCACCAGCCACCUUCUCGCGGUCAGAUUCGUUCGCCGUUGGUACAAACGUCAGCAACUCCGCGACCUCCGCCGCUUCGCGGGAGCAGCGCGAGCAGCAGCGGGAGGCCGACGCGUCUCAGCAGCGCGAGCUCGAAUCGCUCGUCGACGCCCUGAAAGCGGAGAUUCGCGCCAAAGACCAGCUUCUGGGAGCUUCGGAGGGCGAGCGGAAAUUGUUGGAGGAGGAGCUUCGUGGGGCGUGGGAACACGUGGCGGAUUUGGAGCGCCAGCUAGAGGGCAUGCAGGCGGCGGGCGCAGCGAUGGAGCGGGAGAUCGAUUCGCUUCGCGCGCAGGUGAACAAGCGCUCCCCCGGGCAGAGGCGCGGCGGAAGCGACGGGGACAGGGCGGUGGGGAAUCAUAUUCUGGAAAUGGAGCGGACGCUGGCGGAGCUUUCGCGCAAGCUGGCGGCGACGGAGGGUGCACUCCAGCGGUCGGAGGCGCAGAAGGCGGAACUGUCGGGGAAGGUGGCUGUGCGGGAAGACGAGCUUGGGCGGACAAAAUCUGCACUGCAGCAGGCUGAGCUGGAGAGGGAUUCUCUAGCCGACGAAAUGGAAGCUGCACUCGCAAGCUGGGCGGCAGACAGCCCUCGGAUGUCCCCGCCCGCUGCAGGUCCCUCCGCUGCCGCUGGCGAAAGCCAAAAGCAGGAAGCUGCGAUACUCGUGAACGCCCUCGAGGCCGCUCAGCGAGAGUUACAGGCCGUGCAAGCCGAGCGAAAUUCGCUCCUGAUGGCCGUCGGGCAGCCCAGGCGACCGGAGCUGCGAUCCGCAGCCAGCAGGCCACAGUCGCAUCACAGCGGGAGUCGCACGUCUAAUCGCUCGCUCACCCCUCCCCCAACUCACACCCGCGGAUCUUCCCUCUCCACGUCUAGCCGCAGCGGACCAAUGGAGCUGCAGCGGAAUUUCGGCAUGGAAGCAUCACCACCGCAAAUGACGACGCAGCAGAGGGGUCGCCACGUGCACUUCUCACCGCGCUCUGCGGACGUGAAAGUCUCGGCUAACUAAUUUACCAAUGAAGUUGGCAGCUUCUCCUUCUGUCUCGCCAGCUUCCUCCGAUAUCCUCGUUUCCUCCCCUUGCCAUGCCAAGCUUAUCUUUUAAGGGUCUAGGCGACAUUUGAGAGCGCCGAAACCCUUGUUUGCGGCAAGCUCCUUGGUACUGGUUGCCUUGCCGGUAGCAUGUACGGUUGUGGUGACCAUAGGGAGUAUCCGCAUGACCUGAGUCAAUGCUCACUCAGCCUUUUUGUGGGGCCUGGGUGGUACCAUACCUCUGGAGGUUUGACUUACCUGAGUUACCCCAUUUUGUUCUCAUGGAUGUCUGCUGUAUGAAACCUUCAGGGGUUCAAGAGCGUCUUCCUGAAGUUGAAUUAGACCCAAGUAGAAUCAAGUUCGAGGAAAAGCGUACUUAGAUUUGGUACUGGACGGAGCAGAUGCUGAUGCUGGUGCAGAAUUGGCUUCCCUCACGAAUCAAUUUUGGAUCAGUACUUGGGGCGUGUCUCCAGAAUGUUGCGUACGCAGUUGUUAAAAACUAAUCUA